UAAGAAUGUUUAAGUGUCGCCACGUUUCAAAAGCCCCUCAAAGUUUCAUUAAUUAUAUAUUAUGCACCUUAUUAAUAAAACAUUGCUUGGACAUCCUAAGUAAAUGCUAACAAGCGGGAAGUGGAGAGAGAGAGAUGGUCUUGCCAAUCCUCUGCUCAAAAGCUCGGUGGAUCAGUCCAUCUUUGGCCGCUCUACUACCUUCAUCAGUUUGUAGAGACCCUUUUCACGUGUUGACAAGUAACUCUCUGGGUCUUCCCAGAAAACGCUCCGAUUCAGACUCAAGGAUCGAGCAAACAAAUUUAGUACAAGUAUCUUCUGUCAAGAACUCAAUUAUGAGGCUGGAGGUUUCAAGUAGUGCAAAGUUUAUAGUGAAAAAUGUACCAAAACCUAAGAAUGAAGUGGAGGUGUUUGAUGAUAUUAAACAGAGGUUUCUGAGUUUUAAGAAGCGUGUAUAUAUGCAAAAAUUGGAGCAUUAUCGUAGACUUGCUGAAGUACAAGUGCCUAAGUUCAUGGUGAUUGCUUGUGCAGACUCAAGGGUAUGCCCUUCCAACAUUCUUGGAUUUCAACCUGGAGAAGCCUUCAUGAUUCGAAAUGUGGCAAAUCUUGUUCCUCCACUUGAGAAUGGACCAUCAGAAACUAAUGCCGCCCUUGAGUUUGCAGUAAACACUUUAGAAGUUGAAAAUAUAUUAGUCAUUGGGCAUAGUAGAUGUGGAGGAAUUGAAACCCUCAUGAGUAUGCAAGAUGAGUUAAAUUCAAGCUUUAUCCACAAAUGGAUUACCAAAGCGAAAUUUGCCAAGUUUAAAACGAAAAGUGUUGCUCAGAGCCAUAGUUUUGAUGAGCAAUGCAGGCAUUGUGAGAAGCAUGUCCACAUAAGUCAAGAUUGAGGAACGUGGAAUACAGCUUUAUCAAUAGCAGGACAAAGUUUCCUUACCAUGGCAAAACCGUCAAGCAACAAGUGAAAGGAGUUAAGCAAAUCGUCAAGAAGUUUGUACAACCAUGUCUAGCCGGCCAAGGGGAGUUCAUAGACCGGCCAGAGGAAAGUUAUAGGUCGGCCAGGGUUUGAGCACAAGUUGGUUGGCCAAUAAGGCUAUCACACCAAGAAAGGCUUGUUCGACCAAGGAAGCCUGACUUUUACAAGGAAAGUUGUACAAUAAAGUUAUUAAGGUUGGCCAACACAUACUAAGGCUAGCCAACACAUACUAAGACUGGCCAACACGUACCAAAGCUCGCAGGCACAUGGAAAAGCUGACAGGCACAGAAAGCUGGUAGACACAUCCUAAGGCUGCAGGAGCAAUACCUAGCCGACCAUGGUACAGCAUAGGCCGGCCAGCCUCCAACAAAUGGUAGGUCGGGCAGCUUCUCUUCGCGGUACACUUUUGGUGUCUUUGCAGCUUUCAACUUGGACAGAUACUCUCAGCUACGAGUUGGCUUCAACAACCCACAAAAAUAGGGGUUCAACUUCAGAUAUUUAUCUAUUCUUUAGGAAUAAUUAAUAGGUUAUUUUCUUAUAUAUUUAAUACGCAACAAAUAGGUGAUAUCUCCUCAUUUUAAGGGAUAUCAACCUACUUUGGCUUAGAUCUUCUGUAACCUCUCUCCUAUAUACUCUCAUAUAUAAAGAGCACUAGGCUAAACCUAAAGGGCUAAGUUCUAAUU